AUGCCAAAUAAACGUAAGAAAAAUACUUUGUCUUUGGAAACCAAAGUGCAGAUCUUGGAAAAGCUUGACCAAGGUAUUCAAGGGAAGCGGUUAGCCCUAGAAUUUGAUGUGGCGCCAUCUGCAAUCACCUAUAUCAAAUCUAUGAAAUCAUCAAUUUUAAGCGCUGUUUCUAAUACCUAUCAUAAGGCUAACAAAAAAUCAUUGCAUAUCGCUGAAUAUCCAAAAAUGGAAGCAAGUCUUUAUGAGUGGUUUUUAAAUCAACGCGAAAAAAAGUGUACAUUAACUGGGCCAAUACUAAAGGAGAAAGCCAAACAAAUAUUCAAAGUGGAAUAUCCCGAUAAAGAUGAAAGUACAUUUAGCGCAAGUGAUGGAUGGCUUAGCAAAUUUAAAAAACGACACGGAAUACGUUUUUUAAAAAUUUGUGGCGAGAUUCUCUCUAGUGAUGUUGAUUCAGUCACCCCGUUUAUUCACAGAUUUCGUGCAAAAGUCGAUGAGAUGGGGCUAAUGGAGUCACAAAUAUAUAAUGUAGAUGAAACCGGAUUAUUUUACCGUUGUUUACCUGACAAAACAUACGUCUCUCUUUUCGAGAAAACCGCCCCCGGGUAUAAAAUCCAGAAGGAACGAAUUUCAGUGUUACUUGGUGUAAAUGCUGAUGGAUCACAUAAAUUAAUGCCAUUAGUAAUUGGAAAAGCAAAAAAACCAAGAAGUUUCCAAGGAUUCAAUAAUCCACUCCAUUACAACUUUUCAAAAAAUGCUUGGAUGACAUCUCGGAUUUUUCAUGAUUGGUUUCACAACAUAUUUAUUCAUGAGGUAAGAAAAAACUUUGUUUUUAGGUUCAGUAAUUCCAAAAUAUUUUCAAUUCACAGGUGAUUCGUUUCUCUCAGGAAAAUAAUUUGCCUCCGAAGGCAAUUUUGCUAAUUGACAACUGCUCUGCUCAUGCACCAAUUGAGAAACUUCAAAGCGACGAUGGAAAUAUAAUUGCAUUUUUCUUUUCACCAAAUGUAACAGCAACUUUACAACCAAUGGAUCAGAAUCCUAUUAAGUUAACCAAGCUAAACUACAGAAGUAUGCUUCUUUCUCAAUUAAUUGCUGAAGGAGGUGACCUCAAGGUUCGCUUGAAAUCCUUUUCAAUUCGAAAUGCAAUCAUGCUAUUAAAGCAAGCUUGGUAUGAUGUUCCAGAAAGAGUAAUA